AUGGCAUACGAAAUACUUAAAUCUACACUUGUAUCCUGAAUCUUUGUGGGAUUUGCUUAUCUUCCAAAGCCUAAGCAAUGUCCUUCAAAUAUGCCAUAUGAGUCUUUUGAAGCCUGGAAUACCACAAAGGCUGCAGUAUAUGCAACACUGAUAAAUCUUGUAGUUCAUUUAUUAACAGACAGUGAUCUAUUUUACAAUAAUUUCAUUCCAAAUUUUGAUUCUUCAGCUAUCAUUUAUGCAAUGUUACUCCCGAUAGUAAUGAAUACAAUCCUCUUCUUUGGUGAAUGGGUACAGUUCUUUGGUUCAAAGACUAGAGACUUCAGAGAGUUUAUUGAAGACAUUUUCCAGCAUACAGAAAAUAUGGUUAAGUUCAAAUUCUACAUCAGCGCACCUGCUGUUGAAGAGAUAUGUUACAGAGGAAUAAUUUUAAACUUAUUCCUAAAUAGUGGAGAUUAUACAGUAACUCAAAGUAUCUUGAUCUCCCCUCUAUUCUUCUCUGUUUCUCACCUGCAUCAUAUCAUCAAGGCCAUGAAUGAGGAUUCAGAUAUUCUUAAGAGAGAAAUUGCCCAAAGAAUCUUCCAAGCAGGGUUUACCUGGCUCUUUGGAGUUUAUUCAGGAUUUAUCUAUAUUUCCUCUGGAGGGUACCUCCUUGCCCCAAUAAUACUGCAUUCCUACUGAAAUCUCAUCCAAAUACCUCACCUAGGAAUUUGCUUCAGUAGUGACACAGAGCCGAUCUUGAGGAAAAUUCUGCUUGGAAGUUACAUAAUCGGGAUAGCAGUAUUCUUUUGUCUAGCAUUUCAACUCUAAUCUAUAUCGUACCCAAACCUUCAUUGCCAAAAUUU